UUUUUUCUGUGACGGAGGAAGCACCACACAAAUUCUUCUGCCCACUCGUGCAGCAAUUGGUUAGCGCUGUGCGCACAGCACAUUGCGAUUACAAGCCUUGCCACUGUCGAGUUCACACUUUCUGUGCGAAUUCUCGAAUUGGGCACCUCGGUUUGGAAAGCAACAGGGGAUACGCUUCGCAGCGCGACAGAGAGAGAGAGAGAGAGAGAGAGAGAGAGAGAUCUUUUAUGAUCGACUCAAUUGUUCGUCUGGAUUGAUUGCCGUGGUGGCGAAACGCUCGCGCGAGAAGAGGACUCAUCUUUUUGUGCAGUUUUUGGUUUUCGCACGCAGGAUUGGGUUUGGGAUAUAUAUAUAUAUAUAUAUAUAUAUAUAUAUAUUUUGUAGUUGGAGGAGUUUUCGAAGUUUCCGAGGAGUUUUGAUGUUGAUGGUUUGUAGGGGGCGAAGGAGAAUGAUGAGCUCGGAGUGUUUUGUUUCUGCAGUGGAGAUUCCGAAUUCCUUAGUGUAGGGUUAAGAUGCUGGGAUUUAGUGAAGCGACUUUGUUUCUGUUUGUUGGUGUUGGGUGAGGAUCAACUAGAGCAGGGUUGCCUGUGAAUCGAGUGUUAGUGAGAUUGUUGGGCAAUAGAAGGAAUUGCAGAGGAAUCGCAGGGUGUUUACAAUCUCAGGGCGGGCAUGAUCCUGUGUAAAAGAAUCGCCUGUGCCCAUUUUUGUGCUCUCGUGCUGCAGACGAAAUGACGACCCCUGUCGGUUUUCCAGAAAUUAGUGUGCGCAACUUUAUCCAGCCACUCAUUUGGAGACCUGAGUGCACAUCUAGCAACUGUGCAUGGAGAUCUCCGAGGGUGUUCAGUGGCUUCCUAGCAAGCACACCGCAGUCUUCUCAAGGGGAAUGUGCCUCAUGGUCCAAAUUGCGCAACAAAGUUUCGGCGCAUCGCUGCCCUUGUUUACUGAAUGGAGGAAGAGACCAUUCGAUUAAGAAUUAUGUACAACAACCGGGGAGGUCCGGAAGGAUACGAGAAGUCAUCUGUUGUGCUGGCUCUGACGAUUUGCAUUUAUCCAGCUACAAUACUACCCCAAGCGAGUUAUGGGAGAGCUUAAAACCUGCUAUUAGCUAUCUUACAAAAGCUCAAUCAAGAAUGGUGAAGGAUGGAUUGAAGUUGGCAUUUGAGGCCCAUGACGGUCAAAAGCGCAAGAGUGGAGAACCUUACAUCAUUCAUCCUGUUGAAGUUGCUCGCAUUUUAGGAGAACUGGAGAUGGAUUGGGAGACUGUUGUAGCAGGUCUGCUGCAUGACACAGUUGAAGAUACAGAACAUGUUACUUUUGAGAGGAUUGAGGACCAGUUUGGGCCUGUAGUACGGAGAAUCGUAGAAGGAGAAACAAAGGUGUCGAAACUUGGAAAGAUGCAAUGUCAGAAUUCAGACGGGAUGUCAACGCUCUCAAGGGAUGUGAAAGCUGAUGAUCUGAGACAAAUGUUUUUAGCUAUGACUGAGGAGGUACGGGUGAUCAUUGUGAAGCUUGCAGAUCGGCUUCAUAACAUGAGGACCUUGUCCCACAUGCCCCCUCAUAAACAGAAAUAUAUUGCCACGGAGACGCUACAAGUUUUUGCGCCUUUGGCUAGGUUACUGGGAAUGUACAGGAUCAAGUCAGAAUUGGAGGAACUGUCGUUCAUGUACGCAUAUCCAGAGGAGCAUGCUGAGAUCAAGCAGCGGGUGGAAUCACUUCGCAAGCAGCAAGAGGACGUGGUUUUAGAGGCCAAAAAGGUUCUACACGAAACAAUCUCAAGGGAUCAAUUUUUGGGCUAUAUGACUGCUGACAUAAAAGUUGCUACUCUGUCCAAGGAGCUAUAUAGUAUUUACAAGAAGAUGGAUCAAAAUAUUGGAGCAGAGGACAUUCGAGAUAUCGCACAGAUGAGACUGGUUUUGAAGUUAAAACCAAGCGCAUCUGUCGGCCACCUCUGCAAUGUACAACAGGUUUGCUAUCAUGUGUUGGGGUUGGUGCAUGCUAUGUGGCCUCCUCUUCCUCAAUCGAUGAAGGAUUAUAUUGCUACUCCAAAGCCGAACGGCUAUCAAAGUCUGCAUACCACAGUCAUUCCAUUCGGCACACAGACUUACUUUCCUCUGGAAAUUCAGAUCCGAACAGAUGAGAUGGACAGACUUGCAGAGUGCGGAAUUGCAGCUUACUACAGCGGGAGGUGGAUGGCUGAGCGCAACUCUGAUGCGAUGGUACCCUUCGCACGCAAUGAAGAAGAUGCUGCUCGUGCUAUAUAUCCUGCUUCAAACUCUUUAGGCUCAAGCAGCUACUUGAACGACGCGGAUAUUGCUAGGAGAGUAAGCUGGCUCAAGUCUAUCCGAGAUUGGCAGGAGGAGUUCGUUGGAAAUAUGUCAUCCAGAGAGUUUGUUGAUACCGUGACUGGUGACCUGCUUUCGAGUCGAGUCUUUGUAUUCACUCCGAAAGGAGAGGUGAAAAACCUGCCAAAGGGGGCAACUGUUAUAGAUUAUGCGUAUCAGAUUCAUACAGAUGUCGGGAACAAGAUGGUAGCUGCAAAGGUGAACGGUAAUUUGGUUUCACCAACACAUGCACUUGCGAAUGCUGAAGUUGUGGAGAUACUAACUUACGAUAACCUUCCAUAUCAUGUGCAGAGUAUUUCUGCCAAGAGAGUAUUCCAGCUGCACAGUCAAUGGUUGCAAUAUGCCAAGACCCGAAGUGCCCGACACAAGCUUACCAAGUUUCUGAAGGAGCAAGCGGCACUAUCUGCUGAAGAGAUAACAGCAGACACUGUCAAUGAAUUUGUUAAGGACCUGAAUGACGGUCAGUGUGAAAACGACCCUUACUCGUCCUCAGACGAAUGUGCAGCCGUUCCUGAAACCAUCGGUAAUUACUUCAAUGGUGAUUAUGACCCUUUUAGUCACAUUUCCCACCAGUCUGAUGAGUUUAGUUUUAAGCCAAAAACCAAUGGGUCAGCAAAUGGGUCAGCAAAUGGAUCAGCAAAUGGAUCAGCAAAUGGGUCAGCAAAUGGAUCUUCGAAUGGAUCCGCGAAUGGUUACUCAAAGAGGGCAGCAAAUGGAGCAAUAAAUAUUACAGCGAGUAGAUUAGUGAACGGGGCAGCGAAUGGAGCAUUGAAGGGAGCAGCGAAUGGGACUGUGAUUGGGGCAGCUUUGGAGGCGAGAGGACAUCUGGUGUCAAAGAUGGGAGAAAACGGCCUUGCAAAGUCCAAAGUUCGCCAUGUACCGGACGAAGCCAGAGCUGACAUUGAAGUCUGGCAGAAUGAAAAGAUAGCUUCAUGGCAUAGUUCUGAGGGUGGCUCUAUUCAAUGGUUCAGCGUUUGCUGUCAUGACCGAAACAGUAUGCUUGCAGAAGUCACGGCGGUCCUAGUUGCAGCAGGCAUUCGAAUAAGGGCAUGUUCUGCUGAAACAAAUAAAGUGAAAGGAUUUGGAGUCAUGAUUUUCCAGAUUGAGGGUACUGCUGAAGACAUGGUUCGAAGUUGUGCUGACGUUGAUACGCUUGAAGGCAUUUUGGAGUGGUCCAUUGGUUGCAGUUGGCAGAAGCCACCGCAUUAUCUAAGUUGGCAUAACCCUCAAAAUCUUCUUAGUUGUUGGUAUCCUCCAACAAUGUAAUGUUCAUGAGUCUUCUUUAGUAUUUUGUGGUUAUGAUGUGUCGAAUGUCGCUUCUAUAGUGAGAUGGUGCUACAGUCACAAGUAUGUACUUCUGCCUCAGUGCAUUUUGCAGAAGCCUAGGUGGUCAGGAGGAAGAAGUCUUACAUCGUAUCAAGAGCUGGGUGAACCUCCUACGGUGUUCAACUAAACAGCAGACUUUUUCCAUGUCCAGAUGUGUUGUCUACUAAUCCACCUUGGAUCCUUCCAUUUCGUGAUUUGCUUUCUGGAUUUUCUUAGAUGUGAAAGUUUGGAUUUUGGAGGUUCUCAAAAGCAUAUUUCCAGACAUUCUUUUUGCGGAGCCCCAUUAUGCAUUACUCAAAGUAGUCUAGCGAUGGGGUUUUUGUGAAAACACAUCAUUGUAUGAUAAUUUUUUUAUUCAAAGAUGCUUCGAAGGAGCGCAUCACUCUGAAACGUACUGUUUACCUUUAA